AUGAGUAUUCCAUUCGGUUUAGAUUUAGGUAAUAACAAUGCUGUUUUGGCUGUUGCCAGAAACAGAGGUAUUGACGUUGUUGUGAACGAAGUUUCCAACCGUUCUACCCCAGCUCUGGUCAGUUUCGGUCAAAAGAACAGAUUUGUUGGUGAAUCUGGUAAGAACAAGCAAACAUCCAACAUUAAGAACACUGUUGACAACUUGAAGAGAAUCAUUGGUUUGGACUACGACCACCCAGACUUCAAGGAAGAAAGCAAGCACUUUUCCGCAAAGUUGGUUAAGCUGGAUGAUGGUAAGAUUGGUACCCAGGUCAGAUUUGGUGGUGAACAACAAGUCUAUUCUGCCACUCAAGUGGUGGCAAUGUUCAUUAACAAGGUCAAGUCCACCGUUAUUGAAGAGACCAAGGGUAACAUCACCGAUGUUGCUAUCGCUGUUCCAACCUGGUACACUGAAGAACAAAAGUAUGCUAUCGCUGAUGCUGCCAGAAUUGCUGGUUUGAACCCAGUUAGAAUCGUCAACGACAUUACUGCUGCUGCUGUCUCUUACGGUGUUUUCAAGACCGAUUUACCAGAAGGUGAAGAAAAGCCAAGAAUUGUUGCCUUUGUUGAUAUUGGUCACUCUUCUUAUACCUGCUCCAUUGGUGCUUUCAAGAAAGGUGAAUUGAAGGUCUUGGGUACUGCUUAUGAUAAGCACUUUGGUGGUAGAGACUUCGAUCAUGCCAUCACUGAACACUUUGCCGAUGAAUUCAAGGGUAAGUACAAAAUCGAUAUCAGAGAAAAUGCCAAGGCUUACAACAGAGUCUUGAGUGCUGCUGAAAAGUUGAAGAAGGUCUUGUCUGCCAACACCGCUGCCCCAUUAAACAUCGAAUCUGUGAUGAACGACGUCGAUGUUUCCUCUCAAUUGUCCAGAGAAGAAUUGGAAGAAUUGGUUUCUUCUUUGUUGGAACGUGUCACUGAUCCAGUAACCAAGGCAUUGAAACAAGCCAACUUGACUGCUGAAGAUGUUGACUUCGUUGAAAUCAUCGGUGGUACCACUCGUAUUCCUUGUUUGAAGGAUGCUAUCUCUAAGGCAUUCAACAAGCCAUUGUCUACUACUUUGAAUCAAGAUGAAGCUAUUGCUAAGGGUGCUGCUUUUGUCUGUGCUAUCCACUCUCCAACCAUGAGAGUUCGUCCAUUUAAAUUUGAAGAUGUCCACCCAUACUCUGUGUCUUACUACUGGGACAAGCAAGUUGAAGAUGAAGAUCAUUUAGAAGUUUUCCCAGCUGGUUCUACUUACCCAUCUACUAAGCUGAUCACAUUACACCGUACCGGUGACUUCACUAUCGAAGCCAAAUACACCAACAAAGCAGAAUUACCAGAAGAUGUUCCAGUCCAAAUCGCUAAGUGGGAAGUUAAUGGUGUUCAACUAAAUGAAGGUGAAUCUUCCAUCCCAGUUAAACUAAAAUUGAGAUGUGAUCCAUCCGGUUUGCACACUGUUGAAGAUGCUUACACUAUUCACGAUAUUGAAGUUGAAGAAUUAGUCCCACCACCAGCUGAUGCCCCAGAGGGUACUGAACCAGAAUAUAAGAAGGUCACCAAAACAGUGAAGAAAGAUUCAUUAACUAUCGUCGCACACACCUUUGCAUUGGAUGAAAAGACCUUGAACGAACUGAUCGAAAAGGAAAAUGAAUUAUCUGCUCAAGACAAGCUAGUUUUCGAAACAGAAGAUCGUAAGAACACCUUAGAAGAAUACAUCUACACUUUGAGAGGAAAGUUAGAUGAAGAAUAUGCUCCAUUCGCUUCAGAUGAAGAAAAGGAGAAGCUAAGAAAUAUGUUAGCUAAGGCUGAAGAAUGGUUGUACGAUGAUGGUUACGAUUCCACUAAAGGUAAAUACAUCGCUAAGUAUGAAGAAUUAGCCUCUAUCGGUAACGUUAUCAGAGGUAGAUACUUGGCCAAGGAAGAAGAAAAGAAGCAAGCUUUGAGAGCUAAACAAGAAUCCUCUAGAAUGGCUGAAUUGGCCGAAAAGUUAGCUGCCCAAAGAAAGGCUGCUGCUGAAAGCAACGAGGAAAAACCAGCCAAUGGUGAAGGUGAUGUUGAUAUGGAUUAG